GGGAGGGGUGGAGGAUUUUUCUGAUUCUCAAAAAUAAAAUACUUCGUGACUUGAAAUCCAUAAAUUGGGGAAUAAAGGGACACUCCUCUAUUGUUAUCUAGAGCUAAGCUUUUUAAUCCAUAAGCCUAAAAUUAAGGGACAAUUAACUGCUCAUUCAUUGCACCCCAGUCAGCAUGGGGGUGCUGUAAGAGCUCGGGAAUAAUUGUGCCGACCAAUAAGCCUACGGAGAUGCUUUAAUCCUGUCUCCCUCCCUAAAGUGUUCUGGAACCUAUCAUUUGAAUUAGCCGAGUCAGGCAAGGAGGGGGCGGGGAGUCCUUCCGCCCUUCUUAGGAGGGGCUGCAUUGCAGGGGGAGACUGAGCAGAUAGACUCAGCCACAGAAGAGGGAGAGGGAGUGAGAAGACAAAGCCGUCAAAGCCCCAACAGCUUUUUCUCCAGCCCAGAGCAGACGCCGGAGCCCCCGAGAUACUCCUUCCAUCUUUGGAACACACCAGUAAUUCACUGAUAACAGGAAGUUAUGAGGGACCCCGUGAGUAGCCAGUACAGCUCCUUUCUUUUCUGGAGGAUGCCCAUUCCAGAACUGGAUCUGUCGGAGCUGGAAGGCCUGGGUCUGUCAGAUACAUCCAUCUACAAGAUCAAAGACAGCAGCGCUGGCAAAAUGACCGGGCAAGCAACUGGAGAACAGGAGAAAAACUCCGAAGGCGAUGCCCUCCUUGAAUACAGCACCUUCAACUUCUGGAGAGCUCCCAUUGCUAGUAUCCACUCCUUUGAAUUGGACUUGCUUUAAGCCCAAGACUUCUCUCUCCCACCACCUUGCCCUCACCGUCUUCCCUUUCAAGCCCCUUCCUUUCCACCCUUUUCUCCUGUUAAUCUUGCUCUCUCCCCUCUAUUGUGUUGAGGUGGUGCUGAUGAAUCUGCCAGAGUUGUGUUGUAUUUAUUUAUUUAUUUAUUUAUUUAUCUAUUUCUCUAUCUUAUCAGUUUCUCUCAAAAGCCCUUAAGCCACAAAGAAAAGCGUUCAAGCAAUGGAGUACUGGAUCACAGGGAUUCCUUCUUUCCCCUCCCCAGAUACUAAUUCCAGAUAACAGGCCUGGUGGGGGCACCAGAGAGUAGUACAGUGGUACAAAAUGGAGGACCGAUUUUUUUACUUCAUUUUAAUCAGCAUUAGAGAUUGCUCAAACCUAAUUUCCUGCUCCGUAUCAGUAAACACAAAUCUUUCUUCCAGAGUUGAUGAAAACCUUAGAAGUUUUAAUUUGAGAUUAUCUGCUACAAGACAGUAGGAUUUCUAAAAGGCUAAGGUGAUAAGUCUCUUGCUAUUUGAUCCUGCUCCUUGUAAUACACUUUUUCUCAGAGAAAUUGGGGGUAGUUAAAAGUAUAAAACAAGAGGAAAUAAUACAUCAUGGAAAAUUAAAAUAAGGGAAAGCAUUGAAUCAUUUCAGAAAUAACCACAUUCUCAAAAGGGUGUUCCUCCUUCAAGCCUACUCACUUUAUAACUUUGCUCCUAACAGAAAACUCUGAGGAAAAUGACUCCAAUUUCAAUUCUUAAGAUGCAAUCUUACUGAAUACUAUGAUAAUUUGUAAGGUUUUGAUUCUGUUUCUAAAAGGCAUAGGGUUUGGCCUUUAGUGUUUCAGUCUUGCCCUUCAUCUGCAAUGUAUAAUACUCAUCAGCGGGCCUCAGGCACAGUUCUUCAGCUACCUUGAGACCAUGAAAUAAUCACAUUAUAACCCUACACCUUGUCCCCCCAUUCCUUCCAAAAUUAUUGCUGAUUUGUGCUGCCAUUUACUCAUUUCUUUAAUAAAGACAUUCAAUCCCAGGA